GCCCCGUGCCCACCGUCCGUACCCCACUGAGGAGCUGAGGACUGGCCAGGAAGGGGCCUUGCAGCAUCCUGCCCCAUCCGGACGAGAGGAACAGAGAGCACGGGAGCACCAGGCUCUGCCCCACGCACCUGACAACGGGCACCGCGGCGCAUGCCAUGGGGGACUGGAGUCUGCUGGGGCGGCUGCUGGAGAACGCCCAGGAGCACUCCACAGUAGUGGGGAAGGUCUGGCUCACCGUCCUCUUCGUCUUCCGCAUCCUGGUGCUGGGGGCGGCUGCUGAGCGGGUCUGGGGUGACGAGCUGUCUGGCUUCUCCUGCGACACUCAGCAGCCCGGCUGCCAGAACGCCUGCUACGACAGCACAUUCCCCAUCUCCCACCUCCGCUUCUGGAUCCUGCAGAUCAUCUUCGUCUCUACCCCCAGCCUUGUGUACCUGGGCCACAUCCUGCACCUAGUGCAUCUGGAGGAGAAGGCACAGCAGCAAGCAAUGGCACGGGCUGGCGGCGGGGCCAAGCGGCAGCGCCCCAGGCAGCCCCAGCUCCCUGCAGGGGACAUAAGGGGACGGGUCUGCAUGCGGGGGGCCAUCCUGAGGACAUACAUCUGCAAUGUCAUCUUCAAGGCUCUAUUGGAAGUGAGCUUCAUUGUGGGCCAGUAUGCCUUGUAUGGGUUCCAGCUGAAGCCCCUCUACACCUGCAGCCGCUGGCCCUGCCCCAACACGGUCAACUGCUACAUCUCCCGGCCCACCGAGAAGACCAUCUUCAUUCUCUUCAUGCUUGGGGUGGCCUGCGUGUCCCUGCUGCUCAACCUGGUGGAGAUCUACCACCUGGGUCUCACCAAGUGCCGUCAGGGGCCAGGGCCCAAGUCCCGCAUCCUGCCCAGUCCUGGUGGUCCUGUGGAUCCCCGAAGCAUCCACGUCACCUUGCCUGGUGUUGGCAGCCCCAUGGCUGCUGGCAGACCUCCCCCCAGCCUGGCACCCCUGGGGAAGGCGAGUGCAUGGCUGGGGGUGGCCGGUGGGUCCUACGGGAAGGUACGAGCAGCAGAUCUGGCAGUGUGAACACGGCACGCUGGGGUGCCCGGGAAUGGGUGAUGCACGAGUGGCCACAGCAAUCAUUGUCUCUGGGCCCUGCUAGGCUUGUGGCAUGGAGCCCACAGCCAGUGUGAGAUGGGCACUGCCCUGGGGACACAGCUCAGCUGCUUCCUGCGCCUGGGAGGAGCAGGGCUGAGAGCAGGGCCAGGCUGGGCCAGGGGUCUGUCAGCCUUGGGCAAGCAAAUAAACACCCA